AUGGAAGAGGCAGAUCUUGACUUCUCUCUUGAGUACGGAUUCGAAGGACAUGGUCAUCUUCUUUGCAAUCUAGUGGAAGGUGUCUGUGCUGCUAGAGUUUUGGCCAUGGUUAAGAUUAAUGGGUUUAAAGGAACUGAUGAGAUUCUUGUGCUCAAGUGUUUCAUCAAUGGUGGAGUUUUCUUGAAAAAGAUUCGCAUAAACAUGUUAAAGGAUGGUUUCGGACGGACUGUGGAGUUCCAUUGCCGUGAAAAGGCAGAAUUUCUGUUGACAAUUUGUAACAAGUCCGACGACGUCUCCAAGAUUUUGUUACCAUUGGAGUUGCUUUUAAUCAUUGUUUCAUUCCUUCCCUUCAAGGAAGCGGUGAGAAAUUCUGUCCUCUUUAAAAAUUGGUUCAAGGCAUGCAAGUCCACCAAAAACGUAGAGUUCAAUGAACUCUUUUUCGUUAAACCGGACCAAUCUUCUGAAACAAGAGAAGCCCAGAGAACGGCUUUUCUUGACUUCAUCAGAAUUUGGAUCGCAAACCACAAAGGAGCUGACUUGGACAAGUUUUCUUUGAAGUUGUCGAUAAUAGGAAACGUGGGUGAAAUCAUUGAUCAAUGCGUUGAUUUUGCCACACGACGUGAGGUGAAAGAAUUGGAACUUGACUUUACUGAUUCGAGUUGGGAUAUGCAUGAAGACUACUUUGCAGAUUAUGAGGCACCGUUUGAAUUGCCAAGACAGACUUACGCACAUAUUGGUCUUGAGUAUUUAAAAUUAUAUUCGUGUAGUUUUCUUGAGACUGAAGUGCGUAACUUUCGUGUACUCAAAGAAGUUUCUUUGGGUUGGAUGAAAGUGAGUCUCACUGCUAUUAAGGCUUUGCUUUCAAACUGUGAAAUGCUUCGGAGUCUGAGUUUUAAAAGGUGUUGGAACGCAGAAAGUUUUCACCUAGGGCAAGAAGAGACCGCGGGUCUAAGAAAGUUUGUCAUUGAACGUUGCCGUUUUGGAUUUGAUUCUUUCAAGGUCAAUGCACCGAAUCUCAAAAUUUUCAAGUACUUCGGGCGGAUGAGAUUCAAUAUAAUGACAGAAAUUCAUUCAACUGAAAUGGAAGAGGUGGAUCUUGACUUCACUUUUGAAUAUUUAUAUCAAGGAUAUGGUCACGCUCUCCACUGUCUGCUGAAACAGCUCUCUACUGCUAGAGUUUUGACUGUAUGUAGUUAUAUGCUUCAGAUUAUCCCUAGUGGACCUGAACAACUACAAAUGGAGCAUAGCAUGCAUGUACGACAUUUGAUCAUGAAAGCGUCCUUGCACGAGGAUGAGUUGUUAGGAAUCGCAUUCUUCCUCAACAGCUGCCCUAUAUUAGAGUGUCUCACCAUUCAACUGUGUUUAAAAAAUGAUCUGUCUGAUAAUGAAGAACCAUUUUAUUUCAACCUCAUGCGAUUCUGGGUUGACUUUUUGGGAGAUUGCGAAUGCUUGAGAUCAAGUCUGGAAGUGGUGGAGAUUAAUGGCUACAGAGGAGAGAUGAAUGAGAAUCUUCUGCUCAAGUAUUUGAUCUUUAGUGGACUUCUCUUGAAAAAGAUGAAUAUAAACUUGUUGAGGGAUGAGUCCGGUAGGCUCGUGGAGUCUCACAGUCGUCAAUAUGCAGAAGAUCUUUUCACAAUUCACAGGGCUUCAAUAGACUUAGAGAUAUCAAUAUAUUAG